UUGAGGUUAUGCGCCAUAUUGCCAGUCUCCUCCAUCUCACCAAACACCGAGCAUGCACGUCUUACACCGGUUAUAGAGGAAAUAUAUUUAUAUUUUCUAGAGACCUGCGAGCGAAAACCCAACAUCAUGGAGGCCGUCAAAGCCUUCAACAACGAGCUGUACACAUUGACUGAGUACAAGCCACCCAUCUCUAAGGCCAAGAUGACUCAGAUCACCAAGUCAGGAAUCAAGGCCAUAAAAUUCUACAAGCAUGUAGUCCAGAGUGUAGAGAAGUUCAUUCAGAAGUGCAAACCAGAGUACAAGGUCCCUGGGCUUUAUGUCAUCGACUCCAUUGUCAGACAGUCCCGCCACCAGUUUGGGACAGAGAAAGAUGUUUUUGCCCCACGCUUCAGCAAGAACAUCAUUACAACGUUCCAGCACCUUUAUCGCUGCCCCCCAGAUGACAAGAGCAAGAUAGUGCGCGUUCUGAAUCUGUGGCAGAAAAAUGCGGUGUUUAAGAGCGACAUCGUCCAGCCUCUGCUGGACAUGGCUGCAGGGAUUCCUCCUCCCAGUGCUACUCCUGUCCUGCCCAGCAGUGCUGCACCGAUCAAUAACACUACACCCGGAACCCCAGCUACACCCGCCACUCCAGCAAAUAUAGUCCAGGGUCUGCCUGACUGGGCCUCCCAGAUCACAAACACUGAUACUGUCGCUGCUGUUGCACAAAUACUGCAGAGUCCCCAGGGACAACAGCUUCAGCAGCUGGUCCAGAGUCUGCAGAUGCAGCAGCAGAAGCCCCAGCCAUCACUGCUGCAGGCCUUGGAUGCUGGCCUGGUGGUACAAUUACAAGCUCUAACAGCUCAGCUAACUGCUGCCACAGCCAACAGCCUCAACCCUCUUGAGCAAAGGGUCUCCUCUUUUAAUAAGAAACUGUUGGGUUCUUUUGACUUUGGAAACAAUUCAGAACGCAGUGAGGAAUCUAAAAAGGACUCAUCUUCUCAGCUGCCAAUGGUUUCUGAAUCCAUGAACAGCUCACUCUUCCAUCAACUGGCUGAACAACUCCAACAACAAAACCUGGAGCAGUUUCAGAAGCAGCUGCUGGAGCAUCAACAGAAGGCCAUGAGCAUAGAGGGGCAGGAAUCCAUGUAUGGGCAGGAGAACUCUGUGGCGACGGCUCAGACCAGCGCUCAGCAACACCUUCCUGAGCCAGAGAAUAAGAUGGAUGACUCCAUGGACAACCAACAGCAGGAUAUGGAUCUAGAUGAUGGUCCUGAGGGAAUGGAGGAGGAGCUGUUUGAAGCAGACGAGAAGAAGACCUUAAGCACACGUUCCAGAACACGGUCUAGGUCACGCUCCAGAUCUCCCAAACGUAGGAGAUCCAGGUCCCGCUCCGGCUCCCGGAAACGUAAACAUCGCAAGCGCUCACGCUCCCGAUCCAGAGAUCGAAAGAGGAAGUCAUCUCGGUCUUACUCCAGUGAAAGACGCGCCCGGGAACGAGAGAAGGAACGGCAGAAAAAAGGGUUACCACCCAUACGGUCCAAGACUCUUAGUGUGUGCAGCACUACACUGUGGGUGGGACAGGUGGAUAAAAAGGCCACACAGCAAGAUCUCACCAAUCUGUUUGAAGAGUUUGGCCAAAUUGAGUCCAUCAAUAUGAUCCCUCCACGCGGAUGCGCCUACAUCUGUAUGGUUCACAGACAGGAUGCGUACCGCGCCCUUCAGAAACUCAGCACUGGCUCCUUCAAGAUCGGCUCCAAGAUCAUCAAGAUUGCGUGGGCUCUGAACAAAGGUGUAAAGCAAGAGUACAAGCAGUUUUGGGAUGCAGACUUGGGCGUCACCUACAUACCAUGGGAGAAGGUCAAGCUGGAUGACCUUGAUGACUUUCCUGAAGGGGGAAUAAUUGAUCAAGAAACUGUCAAUGAUGAGUGGGAAUCCACCAAGACUUCUGAACUAUCCAAGGAAGGAACAAGUCAGGUGGUUAGCAGUGAGGCCACAGUGGUAUCUAAUGCCCAAACCGAGACCUACAACCAGCAGGUUACUAUGAUGCCUGUACAGCUACCAGUGGCCCAAGCGGUUCCUGGUGCCAUGGGUUUGGUGCCUCCUACGUUUCCGGUCACGAUGAGCAUACCUCCUCCAGGCUACGGACCACCGCCACCAUUUUUAAGACCCAGCUUCAAUGCCUCUCAUCCCCCACCAGGGUAUUUGCAGGCUCCACAUACAGCGGGGAUGGCCUCCGUUACUACAUCUCUAGUGCAGCCUUCUGUGGCCUCCAACCAAGAUGGUGUGAUGCCUCCAACUAGCACCAUCCCUGGCAGCUUCCUGCCCUCAGGAAUACCAGGAAGUGGUGUUUUUAACCCUGUGGGAGUCCAAACUCAGCAGGCCAACAGUGAGAAAAUUCCCCCGCCUGCAGAGGGAAUGGACGCGGCAGCAGAGCUCACACUACAAGGCAUGCAGAACGCGGUCCGCAGUGGAAUGGGUCUCCUUGGAAUGCAUCCCUCAGCUUCACUACCCCAUCCACUGCAUCAAACAGGUCUGAGUGCACCAAGGAUGCCGGGUUUGUUGCCCAUGGAUGUACGACCCAACCUCCUUCAGCCUGGGGCUGCCGCCCGUUUCCCCCUCCUCAUGCAGCAGGGCCCUCCUCAGCAGCCCACUGGCCUCCUUGAUAACUCCCUUCAUCCCCGUCCCAGGCCCCCCUUCCCUCAGAUGGACCCGUUUAACAGAGCCCCCAACCUCUCCAAUGAAAAUGUCUCCAAAACUGAAGAUGAGUCCUCCUCUGGUGCUGAUGAGGGCAAAGAUCAAGACUACCGCUUCCCUCCUAUGGAAAAGCCCAGCACAGGCCUUCUGCCUACCCCUCCGCCAGAGCAUAGGGAGCCACUUGGAGUAGGUGGGGGGGCUCCAGGAGGAGGAAGACCUCCAUUACUCCAAACCCCCGGAGCUCAACCUCAAAGAUCCAGCUUAGCGGGCCGUUUGCAGGCGCUGGCAGGAUUUACUCCUGAUAACCGCUGGAACCAAAGCAAAGGGGACUUUGACGAGCGAGAUGGCAUGCGUGGAGGACCGCAGCCCCCAGGCGGUCCGAAACGCUUUCAGGAUGAGCGCCCCCCACCCGGGCAGAACUUCCCUAACCGCUUUGAUAACCGUCCGACGGGUCCAAACAGCGGUCCUGUUGGGGGCCCCCAACCCUGGAACCGCGGAGGCGGACCCAAACCUCCUUUCAAUAGUGAAAAUCAUAAAGAUCUAGAUGACCGAAGACGUCCGUGGGAGAGACAGAGAGACAGGGAUGAACGAGAUUUCGACUUCAGGAGAGACAUGAACGGUAAUCGCCACAACCGCGAGAGAGAGCGGGAAAGGGAGCGGGAUAGAGAGCGGGAACGAGGCCGAGAAGCCCCCAGGGAGUCCGAACGUGACAGAGACCAUGACAAGGAGAAAGAACGUGGAGGCUGGACGCCUCUUCUGCCGCUACCUGCACCACUUCUUCCUACUCCUCCUCUGAAUCCCAAUAGGGUGCUUAACCAAGGGAAACCUCUUGCUACUCUUAAAUUAAACCCCCAGUUUCCAGCAGUUUUCCAGCCAUCUCCUUUGCCCCAAGGUCAGAACAAACCUCCUCUUCUGAGGAGUCCGCCGACCCCCCAGGUUCAGAUCAGGUCUCCUCCUCCGUCACAGAACCAGCCGCCUGAUUCUGAGACCCACGGGGAAGCUCCUGCUGAAACACCUCAGGCAAAGUCGCCCCCUUCUGCCGGCUCACACCAACAGUCACCUGACAGCAAGACUGCAAACACAUUACCAGAACCCCCUGCUCAGUCAGAAACCCCCCCACCAAUGCAGUCACCACCUGAGUCCGUCGCCCAGGUGACCACAGAGACCGCUGCAUCCCCAGACACUAAGAGGCAACACGACGACUCACCUGUGGGCUUCUCACAGGCUGAUGACGAGCCACGAGAGGAUAAGGAGGAGGGGCCAGAAAGGGUCCCCACACCUGAACCCCAGUGGGCGAAUGGACCAGAUCAGGACAGUGUCAAUGUGACUGAGCCCACCCCAGAGGCCUCCCCAGAGCCCAGGUCCAUCCCAGGCUCUGCCCAGCCUGAAAGUGAAACGGAGCCACGGCAUGAGCGCCUGUCGUCUCCUAAGGACCCAAACAAUGAACAGAGUGAGCCCCAGGAGGACGCUCCGAGUCAGCCAGUGGUAGACACUGUCACAGACACUGAGGGGACAUAAUCAUCACUCAGUAGGUAAAAGAUCAUUUUGUAAAGUUGUCUCUUCUUCUCUGUACUCAUGUCAGCAAACUACCACCACAGCACGGGACAUGACGAAUAUUGACUCACACCAGUUGUUGUCUGAUAAGCAACAACACAAGAUUUUAUCUCUGACAAAUACCAGUGCACUUAUAUAGACGGCUUAUCAGGUGAUUUAUGGCUAGAUUAUUGUUUUUGGUUUUUUUGUAUUUUAUUUCCUUCUUCAGUUGUAAAACCAUGCCACACUUUUAAUGGUAAGUUUUAUCGAAUUGUCUGCCAAAAUGUUUCACAAUUGUAUUUUGGAAAUUUAGCUUCCUAUGGAAGACAGUGGGACGUCCUGGUUGUUCAACAAUUCAUUUACUGCAGAAUAUGAGAUACUUGAAAACAGCAGCUGUGUCACUACCCGAUCCGUAGAACUGAUCCGUACCGGAAGAACUGAUCCGUACUGGGAAGAACUGAUCCAUACCAGAAGAACUGAUCUGCACGAUCGCCUCAUUUGCUCAUGUGCAAACAGAUAUCCACCCAGGUCGCCAUAAAUAAUGUCAUUAUGGUACUAAAAGUAUUUAUUUUUAUCCUUCAAUCAAUAAAUAAUGCUACACUGCAUUUCUAAAGAAUUAUCUGGCGACUUUAAUGAGAGAAUUUGAUGCUUUUUGAAUUUUAGUUAAACUGCUUGUCUGACAGCAUCAUGGUACAGGCUCCGAGCAGUUCAGCAAAAUAUGAUUAAACCGCAUUUAUCUGCAUUUAGUUGUGUCCUUCUUAAGAUUGCGCACUAUAUACCAUAAGGUUAACAUGAAAUGACAACACAGAACUCAAAAAGACAAGAUUUAUGUUUAAAUCCUUUAACAUAUUAUAGCUUAGUACGCUUACUACUUUUAAGGAGGAAAAAAAUGUAAUUUAGGUAUUAUUUUAUACUUAAAUCAAGGUGACCUAAAAAUCAACACUGGAAAAUCGAUCUAGAAAUGGUGUUAAAAUUCUAAUUAAGCGUAUUUUGCCUUAAGUUGAGUUGGUAAAAAAGAUGGUUUGCCAAUGGAAUGAGUAUUUUUACUCUUAAUUAGAUAAUAUGCACUUGAAAUAAGACAAUGCAAUUGUGUUUUCUUAUUUUAAGUGUAAAUUGUCUUGUUUCAUUGGCAAAAUGUCUCUUUUACCUCCUCAGUUCAAGAGCAAAUGCACUUAUUUUGAGAAAAAAUUACCUAUCUAGAUUUCUAUUUUUUUCCAGUGUGGUUGUGCAAAUGGGUUGAUCCGGUUCGGAUCAGUUCUUCUGAUAUGGAUCAGUUCUUUCGAUAUGGAUCAGUUCUUCCGGUACGGAUCGGAUAGUGACAGGCUGCUCAACCAAUCUGUCUCCUCUGUUAAAUGCUGAGAAGUUCUACAAAUUAAUGCUUUUAUCCUGUUGAUGAAGACUUCCUGCCUACAUAAAAUCAAAGCCUAACAGCUGCUUUUAAUUUUUUUCUUUGAAUUAAAAAAAAAAUUUGUUUUAUCUCCUAAAUUUGACAACAGUGUGUAAUUUGUUUCUAAUGAUCCAGUCACAACAGAAAUACUAGUUGGGAGGAAAAGAAAAUAAACAGAGCCAUGUUCAGAUGUUGGGGUGCAUAUUGUUUUAGUUUGAAAUAAACCUGCUUUUUCUGUUUGAAAACACGUGCUUUAGGACUGUUUCUGAACCAGGACCGGUGGAAGAAUAUGACUGCUUUGCUUUUCAGACUCGUACACACUGUGUGCUGUGACUUCAGUCGAUUUGAUGAACUCAAGUUGCUGCUAUACCAUCCAUCCACAGAGCGCUUUGUUGGAUGCAACCGUGGGACUUUUAGAGUUUAGCUUCUGAUGACUUCAGCCUAUAUGUUUGCCUAAGCUUUUGCUGGGUGACUGUUGAUGAUGGCUUUGUGCCUUUUUGAAUGGAUUUGUCAUUCCUGAUGCGACCCGACGCCUCUGUGUGAUGUACACCGGUCUGUGUGCGCAGCUCUGUUUCAGAGGGCUCUCUGAAAAGAACGCCCACCAGCACAGACCUGACUUACCUGCCGAUUGAAUGCUAGCUGCACAGACUGUACAGCACUCACCUGUGCAUGCAGGCCUCCUGUAGCCAUCUUUAACCCUCCUGUCUCUCUAUCGUUUCAUACUUGUAGUGCUUUUCUGUUGAAACAUACUACCAGAAAUCUAUAGUCUGCUGUUCCUCUCAGACGAAAUGUCUACUACAGGAGUUGUGAUGUUAAAUAAAAAUUGAAGGUGCAUCAGA